AUAAAUUGUGAUUAAAAAAUUCGAUAUAAACGUAGAAGUGUUGUAAAUAUUGUAAGCGUGUGCUUGUUGAUUCGAAAAUUAAACAGCAGCCAAGUUAGCAACUUAAGUCUCUUUCCUUUCUUUACUUCCUGUUCGACGAAGACAAGUGCUAAGAAAAUGACAAAGAAACGCCGUAACGGAGGUCGUUGCAAACAUAACCGUGGCCACGUGAAGCCGGUGCGCUGUACUAACUGUGCACGUUGUGUUCCGAAGGACAAAGCCAUUAAGAAGUUUGUCAUUCGUAAUAUUGUUGAAGCAGCUGCUGUAAGAGACAUUUCUGAAGCUUCUAUCUGGGAAACAUACAUUUUGCCAAAGCUGUACGCCAAACUGCAUUACUGUGUGUCAUGUGCUAUCCAUUCGAAGGUUGUAAGGAAUCGUUCCAAGGAAGCUCGUCGUAUUCGCACACCACCAGUGCGAACUUUCCCUAAAGACAUGGCUCGUAACCAACCAAGAAAAUAGAGCAAAUAAAUAUUUUGGAAAGUAAUAUUACACAUA